GUCCGCGGGGUCUUAAAAAGUCUAAAAAAGUCUAAAAUUACACAUUUUCAAUUUAAGGCCUAAAAAAGUCUAAAAUAUAGAGAUAUUUCGCAGUGUAAGUCUAAAAUUGGGUUUGAGUAAUUUAAGACCUACGUUUCAAUGCAAAAUAUCGACAAAGGAUUAUUUUUUUUGUUUGUUUUGUUUUUACGUCCUUUUCCACGCCGUUCUGUUUUUUUCUUUUUCUGUUAUGGUGGCAGUUAUGGUCCGUGUAGUUCUACAUGACAUGUGCUGUUAGUGGAACGUACAAUAAUAAAACUACAGAUGUGAAACGGAAAUGUACUGUCGUCACAGGAUGCAGCAGCAAGUAUUUUGAUUCUCUGUGUGCGAGCAAGGCGGGAAUAGUUACAAAGUAGGAUAACGUCCGAAUGGCAGGAGAAAGUUAAAAAAAAGGAUGGGUAAAUGUAAAUUCAACGACAAUUGGCUCUCAAUAGGGCAAUUUGCAGACUGGCUGAAACGCGUUCCCGCUGAUGACAGUGAGGCAUACUGCACGUUUUGCAAAAGAACUCUUAAACUCGGGACCCUGGGCAUCAAGGCACUGGAGUCUCACACAAAAUCCAGCAAACACCAGGAGUCGGCAAAUGCAGCACGCAAUUCCCAUGGAAUUGCCCAGUUCUGUUCAGUAGCAAGCAGCACGUCGUCAAUAAAUAAUACGGGUAAUAUUCGUGAUCUAUUGGGCUCCACUGAUACAAUGAAGGCAGAAGUUCUGUGGGCGCUUAACACAGUGGCUAAACACCAGUCAUGCAGAUCCAAUGACGGCAUCGGAGAGCUUUUCCAAGCGAUGUUCCCCGACUCCACAGUUGCCAAAACAUUCCAAUGCGGGAGAGACAAGACGUCGUACAUACUCCGAUUUGGAGUGGCAGAGUUCGUCAAAAAAGAGCUUAUCUCAAAGGUGACCGGGCCCUUCGUCAUUAUGUUUGACGAAAGUCUUAACCACGCAACAAAGAGGAAGCAACUGGACCUUCACGUAAGGUACUGGGAUGACGGCCAGGUACAGUCCCGGUACCUGGGCUCACAAUUUAUGGGCCAUGCCACAGCAAACGACUUGCUGAAGGAGAUCAAAGAAUGUGCGGGCCACCUGGACCUCAGCAAGCUGAUUUCGAUCUCAAUGGAUGGUCCAAAUGUAAAUUUUAAGUUCUUUGAGCUGUUCCAGGCGGAAUAUGCUGACCUGUACGCUGGUUCUCAGCUCAUAUCUGUUGGUAGCUGCGGGUUACACACCGUACACCAUGCCUUUAAAACAGGCUUCUCGUGGCAGGUGGACAAGAUCCUCAGGGCCUUGCACACAUUGUUGCAUAAUGUUCCCGCAAGACGAGAGGACUACGAGAAGACCACCAGGUCUACCCGCUUCCCGUUGGCAUGGUGUGGGCACCGAUGGCUGGUAAACCUGCCUGUCGUGAUACGAGCGUUGGAUAUCUGGUCAUCUAUGCUGGUGUACACCAAUGCUGUGAGGAGAAAGGAGCUUCCAAAUCCUGGCACUGGAAGCUUUGCUGUAAUCGAAGAAGCCCAGAAAGAUCCCCUGACUCUACCUAAGCUGCAGUUUUUCAGGAGCAUCGCCCAGCUAUUUGAUCCGUUUUUAAGGAAGUACCAGACUGAGGAGCCGGUGAUGCCUUACCUAGGUAAAGAUCUGGCAGAGUUGAUCAAGAGUCUGAUGCGUCGUUUCGUGAAACGAGAGGUUCUGCAGGACAUCACCACAGCCCAGCUUACCAAACUGGACAUAGGUGACAAGAAUAUCUUGAUGCCGGUGCACUGUGUUGAUAUUGGCUUGGGUGCUGAGGAGGCCCUCAAGAACAGCAAAAGUUCAGACCUCAGGAUUCUUGAAUUUAAAAGGGACUGCAUGCAAGGACUCUCAAGCAUGGUGAAGAAAGUACAGGAGAAGAGUCCUCUUAAGUACAGUACCGUUAGGCAGAUGGAUUGUCUAGACCCCACAGUGAUGAGCAGUGAUCCAGACGGCUGCAAGGCAAAGAUGAAGGGACUUGUGCAGACAUUUCUGCUCAACAGGCAGCUGGCAGGAGGAGUUUGUGCUGGUACUAGGAGUUCUAGAAAGGGCUGAGGAAAAUUAUGCGUGCCACUUUCAGAUAAUCUUGUAUAUUAUAUUUAGCAUCUGCAUUUAGCAACUGAUCAGUAUUUAUUGUAUGUCAAAAUAUGAUCACAAUAUAUUUGAGUGUAGAUCUCUUAAGUUAGGUUACUCCAGCAAAUCAUUUCCAUGCACCCGUUUUGUGUGGUUUAAAGACUGUACCCCCACAGAGCUGUAAGGAAAGCCACAAUGGUGAUGACUAAAUGGAAGCCAUAAGUAAAUUUAUUUUUACAUCUUUUUGUCUCAGGGGACACCAUUCUCCAACAGUUCGA